GAGCGCAGGGUGCUGCCUGCUUGACGGAGUCGCCCCAGGAGGCCGGAAGUAUAGCUGCUGCUGCUCCUUCGGCGUCCGUUAAACGGCUCGAGCGCUCGCGGCCCCUCGCAGCCGUUGCUUCUGUUGGCUCCUCCCCCCCCCUCGACGCUCAUGGCCGAGUUCGAUCUCUUCGGUGCCCCUCAGCCGGCGGCGGGGAACGGCUCGCUGGGUAGCGGCGGCAGCGGCAGCGGCAGCGGCGGCGAGGAAGACCCGGCCGCCGCCUUCCUGGCCCAACAGGAGAACGAGAUCGCGGGCAUCGAGAACGACGAGGGCUACAGCAUCCUCGAGAACGGGGAGGUGCCGGCCGGGAUGCAAGGCCAGGAAGGGCUGCUCACGGAUUCGAUUGAUGGAGUGACGAAUGGUGAUGUCUAUCAGGAGAGCAAUGGUCCAACAGAUUGCUAUGCAGCUAUUUCACACGCUGAUCGUCUGCAGACAGAACCAGAGAGCAUCCGCAAAUGGAGAGAAGAGCAACGGGAGCGCCUAGAAGAACUUGAUGCGAACUCUCGAAAGCAAGAAGCAGAAUGGAAAGAGAAAGCAAUAAAGGAGUUGGAAGAAUGGUAUGAAAGGCAAGAUGAGCAGCUACAGAAAACAAAAGCUAACAAUAGGGUGGCAGAUGAAGCUUUCUACAAACAACCCUUCUCUGACGGGAUUGGUUAUGUCACAAACAUAAACCAUCCUUGCUACAGCCUAGAACAGGCAGCUGAAGAAGCUUUUGUGAAUGAUGUCGACGAAUCCUCCCCAGGCACGGAGUGGGAACGUGUGGCACGGCUCUGUGACUUUAACCCCAAGUCGAGCAAGCAGGCAAAGGAUGUGUCCCGCAUGCGCUCCGUGCUGAUUUCACUCAAGCAGGCUCCGCUGGUUCGCUGAAGGGAAAGCACACCCGGCACUACAAAUGCAAUACCUUUAACUUUACUCAGAGAAGCUGUGUUUGCAGUAAUUGGAUUAAUUAUGUUUAACUGUUUUUGUUUUUGGACCAAACCUCAUGACGUAUUUAGAGUUUGAUCAUUGUUUUGUGAUUGCAUGUUCUUCCCUCAUCUGUGUCCUCCUGGUGUCCAAAUUGGGAGGAAACGUCCGGGACCGUAGUCUCUGUGCUCUUGUGCAUCGAGAUUUCACUUUCAACUGUACCGAUAUUAAAGGUCUGUUUAAACAGCA